GGACCCACUUAGGAAUGAACCCCUCCCACAGCCCCCACGUGGCUGAUGGCCUCGGCCUACAUUUUGACAGGGUGCGGUUGCCGGACAGUGCUACAGCUACGCCUCUGGCCACACUCAGGCCUGACUCACACCUGUCCCUGCUUCCACCCUCGAGCAUUGGCAUGGCCGAAGGCAGGGACUGGGAAAGCUGGGAAGAGCUGCGCCUGCGGGAGCUGGAGGAGGUACGCACCCGGGCAGCCCAGAUGGAAAAGACAAUGCGCUGGUGGUCUGACUGCACGGCUAACUGGCGUGAGAAGUGGAGCAAGGUGCGGGCAGAGCGGAACCGUGCUAGGGAUGAGGUGCGCCAGCUGCGCCACUGCCUGGAUGCCUUGACCAAGGAACUGGAAGUUGCUCUGCCACCCUCUUUCUCCUCCUUGUCAUCAUCAUCGUCCUCCUCAAAGCCCCUGGAGGGGGUUGAGCUCCUGGACCACGAGCCUGUGAAAGAUGUGGGCUUGGAGAUGCCUGAGAGUUGCAAGGAUGCAGAAUCCUUGGAGAUCGCCCCGCUACUGAGAGCCAAAGCUCAUGAGACUCGGGACGGCUGUCUCUCUGACAGUCUCCGAUGUGGCCCUGGCUGGCCACUCUGGGACGACAUGCCCACCCAAGCGGAUGAAGCCUACAGGGUCAGCGCCCUCCAGCUGCGUCUGGGCGAGUCGCAGAAGGUCCUUCUAAAAGAACGCGAGAACAAGAAUUUGCUUGUGAAAAAUAUGGAGCAGUUGGAGGCUGGGCUGAGCCACUGGAAACAGAAGUAUGAGGAGCUGAACAAGAGCAAACAGGAGGCUUUCGAGCAGCUGAUCCUCCUGAAAGAACUGCACCAGAAUGAACUGGGCCGCAUGUCGGAGGACCUGGAGGAUGAACUUGGAGCGCGUACCAGCAUGGACAGGAAGCUGGCCGAACUGCGGGGAGAGAUGGAGCGGUUGCAGGUGGAGAACACGCAAGAGUGGGGCCGCCGUGAACAGCUGGAGACGGAGAAGCUUGCACUGGAGCGCGAAAACAAGAAGCUGCGGGUGCAGGUGGAGGACCUGGAAGAGCAGCUGUCCAGGAAGCAGAGGCAGAGCGCCACCGCCCUUGACUUGGACCUCAAGAGCAUCCAGAGCGAGCUCUUCGAGAGGAACAAGGAGCUGGCAGAUAUGUGCCAUAUACACUCCAAGCUGAAGAAGCAGCACCACGACAAGAUGGCUGAGCUGGCACAUGCCAACCGCCGUGUGGAGCAGCACGAGGCUGAAGUGAAAAAGCUGAGAUUCAGGGUGGAUGAGUUGAAAAAGGAGCUUGUGCAAGCAGAAGAUGAGUUGGAUGAAGCCCACAAUCAGACCAGGAAGCUGCAGAGGUCUUUGGAUGAGCAGGUGGAGCACUCUGAGAAUCUGCAGGUCCAGCUGGAUCACCUCCAAUCUAGACUCCGGCACCAGCAGAAUUCUAGCUUCUUUGGGAAGAAGCUUAGGUCACUGCGGUUCGGCUCAGACCAUCAUCCUGAUGGGUCACCUAGCGACGUGGAUGAGGAGGAAGAGGAGCUGCAGAUCCACAUCACUUGAGGGGUGGGAGUGAUGGAAGUGGUGCCUGGAGGGGGGCUCUGUCCUGUUCUGGUGCAGAGGGUGGGGUUACUUCCAUGGCACCUGUGCACACCUGGAAAGAGGCAACUGGAUCAGGUUCACACGUCCACCCACACAGACCCCUGUGGUCCCUGCUGUCCCCUAACCAGUCACAGGUGUUAGGCUUACAGUCAGAUCAUACUAGAAAUAAUUCCUUGUUUUUAUGGAUCUGUAUUUUGCUUUGUUUCCGUCACCCUCUUUCCUGCCUGAGCUCAGCCUCUGUGCAAUCAGCUGAACCCCAUUGUUGCCCUUCCUCUGAUGAUAAAUGCCGUGUGUGAGUGUGUGUGCCUGUUUUAUCUGCAUCCAGUUACAUGUGGUCAAAGAGUACAUUAUGUCUUUCAGCCACAUGCUGCCAUGGAAACCCCCCCUCACCCACACACAGGAGGACAGGCCAUCUUGACAGGCUGAUACAUAUGCAGUGUAGGUGAUGUUAUCAGUGAAAUUCACUUAAUAUUUUUGCU